AUGGAUGGUGUCCUGGCUGUUGCAAUGAAGAUCCCCCAAGCUAUCGAGGAACAGAGGCGUCGUCUUUGCCUUCGACGGUUCUGCACGCGGCCACUAGUUACUCUACGUAAUGCGAAAAAAGCGGCUCUGUCACGGGAGCGAGAACGAGUUGCAACUGCCAAAGAGCAGUUGGCCCUAGGAGGCUUUGCAGCCUCGAAGAUCCAGGCCGCAGCGUCUGCCGAUGAUGAUGGAGAUUGGUUCGCCGCUUGCAUUCCUCUAAGCUGUCUCGGCGACGAUGAUGCCAUGCGCCGUUUCAUUUGGUGGCUCUACUGGCUUCGACUUGCAAGUGACCCUGGCCAGGCUGCUGCAACGCAAGCGCAUGCAUCUGGUGCUCAAGUGCGCAUCCUUCGAAUCUUUGGCACUGGAGAACCUCCAGAGUAUCCGUUGCGGCUGCUAGAUCCCGACGUCUUCGAGGAGCCUGGGCAGGGCCCCUUUGACCUCGUGACCGUCACUGAUGCACCCCGCCGGGCGCAUGCCUUGACAUCUUCCGUGCAGUGGCCUCUGCGCUUGCGCCUGCUCCAGCCGCCAGCAGAAGACCGACCCUGGAAGUUCGGCUUCUUUGACGCAGAGCGCUACUUGUUGUCUUACGUGACGCAUCUACGGAAACUUGGCCACGGUGAUCGGCUGGUGAUCUAUGCUGAUGCUUUCGAUGUUGCAGCGUUUCCAUGCCAGCGCAAUCUCAGCAAGGCAUUGGAUGAGCUGAACCGCUCGAUCGUGUUCGGAAUGGAGUUCGACAUCUUUCCUGCAGGCUUGCCCGGAUAUCCACCGCCAGCUGCGGGCAGCCAUUCCAGAGCACGUAAGGCCCACAAGCUACCGCCCUGCCGACCGGAAGUCGACCUGCCCUACAUCUGGGAGUCAAGGCAGCCCGGCGAGUGCGAGCCGUGCCUUGCAAUGUCCGAAACCCUGGGAAUCUCCAGCAGCGGCGUGGAGCCAACGCACGCGGUUGCGGGAGAGUUUCUGAAUGGCGGCUUCUACGGUGGCCGAGCAGCUGCGCUGGAGGUGGCAUUGCGGCGAUUGUUGCAUGUCCAGGCUCAGCUGCCUGCAUUCAAUUCCGAGGGGAAACCAUUCAGCCGCCAUGGACGUAGUCACCAAUACUUGUGGAACCAGUACUUCUUGGACAAUUCAGAGCAGGUCUCCUUAGACUACGGCGGCAACUUUGUGGUGAACCUUGCUCGGCGGUCUAUCUCUCCAAGGCAGUUUGGAAUCGACGAAGACACGGGACAGCUGAAGUCGGUACUGUUUCAAAGGCCUGUGUGCUUCAUCCACGCAAAUGCGGGCGGCGUGGCUGACAGCACCUUCUACCUCUUGCGAACUGCAUACUACUUACAGGCCGACACCUCUGCCUGGACAGGUUACCGCGUCCCUGACGAGCUUGACGCUUUGCAAUUGUCUGGCCUCCGUGCAGACAAGGCGCUGCAGGACCGCGUCGUAGUGGACUCAAACUUAUGUUUCGGUCCCUUUGCGCAUGCACCCGAAUGGCGCGGAAUCUUAUCCUAUGUCUAUUUGGCGACGCCUUUCAAUGAGGUGACCUUUGCCGGACUUGAAUUCUUCAUCGCUCGUCCUCUGCGUUCUCAAGCAUCGCGCUCCGGCGGAGCUGAGAUGGUUUUCGACAUUGUUGACAAGAUGCCCUUUCCGCUGCGUACAAGAAAGCAAACGGGCCGCGCCAAGCCUCCGAAUGGCACACAGACCUGGUUCGAGGCGAGAAAUCGCUUUGAUGCUCAGGCCUUUCGUGUACGCGUUCAUAGCGGUGACUGCUUUGCUUUUCGCUGCGAGCAACGCUGUGACUUGACAUACUCUGAUCUUGAAGAGGACUUGUCCGACCCGUCCUGGCACUCGAAGCAGGCUCUUGAUGGGAGGCUGGUGGGAGUAUGGACAGCAAAUUACCGAGACACCAUUGUUGGAACGAAGGUCACCUUGGAUAAAUGGCUGCCGAGAAGCUAUGCCAUCAGUGCGAGCGCUGAGAUUGAAGAGUUUGGUUUCUAUGCGAAAAUGUGUGGCGUUGCUCUGGGGUCUACCACCAGUUGGGGCGGCGGUGGCCUGCAGUUGCCGCAGGCGCACGCUAGCGCAUGCCCCUUUGCGAAUUCACGGCUCAAAGCAGCAAAAGCUUUCGUUGACGGAGCGUAUCUGCUAGCUGGCUUCGAUGACAUCCCUUUUGACAAAUUGGUUCUGCCCAGCUGCUCGAAAGACCUAGAGCCUGCGAACGAUGCAGCUCCAUCUAUGUUCCACCUAUUUCCACCUAGUUCAGGUACGCUCGCCUACUUGUCACUCGAGGACACACUCCGAUGCGCUCAAGUCAGACAGACCUGGCGCCACGCUGCCAGCCAACCAGAAGCCUUGGCACGGGUUCUGCAUCUGCCAGGUGACGACGGCGAUUCGGCUCCCGAAGGCCUUCGGACGCUGCUGGGCAGAGGCUGCCUGAAACGUGUGGAGGUGGUGGAACUCGCGGGUGCAUGCAGUUGGUUCCCUGCACUCCUGGAAGAGCUGCCGGACCUGCAGCAGCUUCGAGUACGAGGAGCACACAAGGGAAGGCCGAAGGCUGAUGUGGACCUGGCAUUGAGUAGCAUUGUAGCUGCCUCGCCCCGCCUGACCGUCCUGGAGUUUUCCUACGACGGCUUUGGCCCUGAACGGAGGUCUUCCUGGCCGGCCAUUCCGUCACUGGCAAGGCUGCGCGUGCAAAGUCUGCCGCUCUGCUUCACAGACUUGCCGAAUCUCUUCGGGGCAAAGGAGCUGGAGUCCUUGGAGCUCCAGGCGUGCCCGCUCAGGAGUUCUCAAACUGGGAUUGUUUCCUGCGGGGCCAAAGUUCAGCCUCGCCAUUUAAAAGUGCUUCGUUGUGGCUUGCAGAUGGCUUUGACGUUGCUUUUGUCUGUGUGCCUCGAGCGGCUGAGCUCUUUGCUCCUGGAUCCACCCACGGACUCGAAAAUCCAGGAUGAGCUCGCGAAGGCUUGCGCACCUCAGCUCGGAGGCAUAGACCCCAAGGUCGAUGCCUGUACUGACCUGCAAGCCCAGGCUCAGCGCGAGCUGCUGGCAGAGUUGCGGCGAGCAUCCCGUGCUUCGAGGUCGCCGGAGUCUGCUGUCACACCUUGGCGUCGGCUCCAGCAGUGGUUGCAGGCAUCUGAGAGGAGCAUCGAUGGUCAUGGGCAAGUUCUUUACAGGAAUUUGCGUGCUGGGGCGAUGAGCAACAGCAGCUCAACGUGA